AUGCUCAGGCGCACGGUAAACGGACUUGCCAGUUCUGCUCAAAAGCGGGCACGGCUCGAGCGAGAUGACAGUCAGCUUGUCGAGACCGCCGGAGGGAGCUCGGCCCUGCGCAAUGAAUCGAGGAAACGUGUUCGCCUCUCCACUCCCGAAGAUGUUAAACCUAUACCGAGCCGCUCCUCUCACCGACCUUCGAAUCCGAGUGAGCACGACGAAGAAGAAGAAGAAGAAGAAGAGAGGGAGGGGGAGGGUGAUGUUGAUAUGGAAGGGUCUAACAUCGAGGGCGAAGGGGACCCCGUGGAUGGAACCCAGUACGAAAUGCUCCGCGACAAGGAGUUCGCGCAUCUACAACAUGAAAAGGAGGACGAUCAGCGCGCCACACAACGAUUGCGUAGCCGGCCCAACAUCGUAGGCCAAAACCAUACAGCAGAAAAUGGGAUUCUCUUGAGGGUCGAGUGCGUCAACUUCAUGUGUCACGAAAGGCUCAACGUUGAGCUGGGCCCUUUGAUGAACUUUAUAGUUGGAGAGAACGGCAGCGGCAAGAGUGCCAUCUUGACUGCGAUUACUGUUUGUCUUGGAGGCAAGGCAAGCUCGACAAACCGUGCAGGCAGUCUCAAGGCGCUGGUCAAGUCGGGACGGCAACAGGCCAUCUUGUCGGUGACAAUAAAGAACGAAGGACUUGAUGCUUUCCAGCAUGAUAUCUACGGUGACUCAAUCACAGUCGAGCGCCAUUUCUCAACUACCGGAAGCAGCGGCUUCAAGGUCAAAUCCAAUUCUGGGAGGAUUAUCGGAACCAAGAAGGCCCUCGUCGAAGAGAUUGUUGAGUAUUUCUGCCUCCAGGUUGACAACCCGCUCAAUGUCCUCUCUCAAGACCAGGCCAGAUCAUUCUUAAAUUCUGCGUCUGACUCGGAAAAGUAUCAGUUCUUUAUCAUGGGCGUGCAGCUGGAGCAGUUGGACAAUGACUACCGACUGGUCAACGAGUUUGUCGAGUCCGCGCGUUCCAAGAUACCGGAGCAGGAGGAGAGGGUUGUUUUGACAAGGAAGAGAUACGAAGAGGCCCAGAAGCUUCACGAGUCCAUGAAACAAAAUGAAGAGCUGCGCCGGAAAAGGCGGCUCUACAUGCAACAAGUUGCCUGGGCACAGGUUCAGGAUCAGGAGAAGAUUUUGGAGGCUCGUCAUGAUCAAGUACGAGAUGUCAACGACAGAAUACGCGCCCAACAGCUCGAAAUUGAGAGAAGAUCCGCAGCGUUUGAUGCUGCAGAUAAAGCAUACGAGCGUGCUGUUGCAGAAGCUGAACGCAUGGCCGAGGAGGAGCCUGAAGCCGCCGCCAUGACCGAUGCCGCACAAGAGAAGUUUGAUGCUGCGAGGCGAGAGCUGGAAAGAAUUCGUCAGGACGAACGUGAUGCGCAUACGCAGCUCAAACAUCAUGACAAGGCACUAAAGGCCAAUGCGGCCAGCAUCGAGCAGGAGAAGAAGAUCGUUGCUGGAUCGACUGGGGAAGAGGUCACCCGAAACCGGGACAGGCUUGCUGCUGAAAAAGCCCGUCUCGAACAGAUCCGCGAGCGGCUAAGCGAAAACGCAGCACACGGCCCAGGUCUCGAACAACUUCGAGACGAGGCCAAAAACGAGCAAAUCAAGAUGCACCGGGCCGCGGAGGCUAAACAGCAAGAGGUCAGGGCACAGGAAGGCAAGAUAAGGGACUUGGAGAGAAACGAUCGGUCUCCGCUUGAUGGGUACGAGCCUCGCGUACCUGAACUGUUGCGCCAGAUCGCAAACGACACCGGAUACAAAGAGAAGCCCAUUGGGCCUAUGGGGUCUCUGAUCAGACUCCACAAACCUGAAUGGUCAAGUCUACUCGAAAAGACGCUCGGCCAACAACUGAAUGCGUUUGUAGUCACCAGCAAAGCAGACCAGCAGCGCCUCCAAGCCACCAUGCGUCAUCUCGGUAUCCAAAGAUGUCCCAUCGCGAUAGGCAACCGUGCUCCGCUCAAUACGGCAGACAAGGAACCAGAUGCCGAAUUCGACACAAUUCUGCGGGUGCUCAAGUUUGACGAUGACUUGAUACGAAACCAACUUAUCAUCUCAGGAUCCAUUGAGCAAGUUAUCCUUAUCCCGGAUCGAAAGGCAGCCGAAAAGGUCAUGUUCGACGGACCACCACCAAGAAAUGUCAAAGCCUGCCUUUCUUUCAACGAAAGGACCAAGAGCAGGGGCUAUCGUCUAACCGCUAGGCAGGGCGGCCAAAACCUGUCGACUUCUCAGGUCAAUCCGAACCCGGGCACCAAGCCGCGGAUGAAGGCCGAUGCGCAGGUUCAGAUAGCUCAGGAGCGGGAGUACUUGGCACAGCUCAAGGACGACUAUACUCGUCUUUGUCAGAAGCGUGACGAGCAGCGAAGGAAAUUUCAGCAGUGCGAGCAGGAGCUGCAACAGCAACGACAGAUCAAGUCAGACCUCCAUAGGGAAGAGCGACAGUGCGAGGCGUCAAUUCUAGGCAUCGAGCGCGACCUCGAUCAGUUCGAGGGAUAUGAUGCUCGUCUACAGGGACUGGAAGAGGCCAGGACGCGCCUGCAAGAAGAGUUUGAAACCGUGGGCCGUCAGUAUGGGGAGUUGCGCGCAAUCAUGGACGAGCAGAACAAAAAGGUGCAGGCCCUCCACGCGGAGCUGGCCAAGGAGAAGGCCAAGCGAGACCAGUUCAUGGCACGUAGGGGUAGGGCUAUGGAUAAGAUCAAGGGAUACGCCGAUGGGAGGGCAAUGGAGCUCAGCCAGAAGAAUGCCGCGAUGGAGGAAAUGGAAAAACUCAGAGACGAUUUGAGACGGGCAGAGAGGAAAGUUGGGGAGCAGGAAGCAAUUGUCCAAGAGUUCACGGCGGAAGCAUCGAAAAUCUUUCCGGAAAGAGUCUUUGUGCCUGAUGGCGAAACGCACCAGGCGGUCCAAAAGAAGCUGGACAUGGUCAGGAAGCAGCUUGAGGACCGUAACAAGCGCAUCGGAAAAACCGAGGCUCAGGUGGAAGCCGAGGCCGCAACCGCCAAGAAUGAAUUCGAACACGCCUCCAAGUCGCUCAAGGGAAGCUUGCAGGUGAUCAAGCAGUUGAAGCAGACCAUGGCUCUUCGUCUGGAGAAGUGGCGGCUCUUCCAGCGCUACAUCUCGGCGAGUGCGCGGACCAACUUCAUUUACCUGCUCAGCGAGCGUGGCUAUCGCGGCCGGCUUCUCCUGGACCACGUCAACCGGAAGCUGCAGAUCCAAGUUGAACCAGAUGCGACCAAGAAGAACGGACAGGGCAGGAACACCAAGACGCUGUCUGGUGGGGAAAAGUCGUUUUCUUCCAUCUGUCUCUUGCUGGCCAUAUGGGAUUCCAUGGGCUCGCCGCUUCGCUGCCUGGACGAGUUUGAUGUGUUCAUGGACAACGUCAACAGGGCCAUCAGCACCAACAUGCUGGUCUCUGCCGCACGCAGGUCCGUCAGUCGACAAUAUAUCAUGAUCACACCAAACGCCAUCGAGGGCCGUGCCAAGGUCGACAAGGACGUCAAGAUUCACAGAAUGACUGAUCCUCGCCAACGCACACUAGCUGGUCCUCAGGCACACUAG